AUGCCUUACCUAUUCUAUGCUUCUACAUACAGGUACCAGGGGUGGACUGACCAUUUGGAAACUCGGGCCCUACCUGAGGGCCCAGGGUCAGUAGGGGGCCCCAUGAGAUGCCCCUGGUACCUUUUUCAUAGGCUUUUUUGAGUUUGGGCAAGGACACAGGGGCCCCAUGAUCCCCUAUUGCCCGGGGGCCCCAUGAGUUCUCAGUCCGCCCCUGACAGGUACUCCCGGGCCCCUGAGUUUCCAAAUGGUCAGUCCGCCCCUGCUUCUAAAAGUCAGUCCUAUCCACUGCUGUCCAAUAAACUGUGGCCA